AUGAAAAAUACGGGGUUAAGUCUGGUAAAACGUAUUCUUUGUUACAGGUCAUACAAUGUAUUGGCCAUUGAAACCUCUUGUGAUGAUACAUGUGUAGCUCUACUGAACCGAAAUAAGCAGACAGCCUCGACCCAAAUUAUAGCUCAAGAAAGAAUUACUCUUGAUAGUGUAGCAGAUGGCGGUAUAAUUCCAACUAAAGCGCAUACACAUCAUCAAAAAUAUUUGGCUGACAUGGUGAAUCUUAUACUUCAAAAAAUCCCAUUAGAUAAUAAGUUAGAUCUUGUGUGUGCCACAAGAGGUCCUGGGAUGCCCGGUUCAUUAGCUGUAGGUUUGGAUUUUGCUAAAGGUUUAGCAGUAGGGCGUGGCGUCCCACUAGUUGGUGUUCAUCAUAUGCUAGGUCAUCUCUUGGUAUCUAGGUUAAAAAAUGAAUCUUCGUUGAACUUCCCCUUUGCUACUCUUCUAGUUAGUGGUGGGCACACUCAAUUAGUGGUAUCAAAAUCAGUCGAAGAACAUAAGGUAAUUUGUAACACGUUAGAUAUAGCAGCAGGAGAUGCCUUAGAUAAAUGUGCUAGAGAAUUGGGAUUAAAGGGUAACAUGCUUGCACAAGAGAUGGAACAAUUAGCAAGAUUACAGCCUGGAAAUAGUCAAAGAAGUGAUGAAGAUUUUCAAUUUCCAAAUCCUCUAUUAACCUGGGAUAAGAAACUGGAUGGGUUUUCAUUUUCACCUUUUGUUUCAGUAUUGAAAAAACAGCUGGAUGCAGUCGGACCUUGUGAUAUUAAUAUUACAAGUCAGGCAGCCAAGAAGGUUCAAUUGGCAGUAUUUAAUCAUAUCAUAACAAGAAUGAAAAGAUCAAUCAUAAAUCAUAAACAGGACUUAGAGAACAUAAAUCAACUAGUUUGCGCAGGUGGUGUAGCUUGUAAUCAGACACUUCGAACAAUGCUUGCAAAUGAAUUAAAUGCAACUUUUAAGGAGUUCAUAUUCCCAGAACCAGCAUUAUGUAGAGACAAUGCAGUUAUGAUUGGCUGGGCAGGCAUUGAAUUAUAUGAAAGUUUAAACUUGAAAAGCUCUCUAAAUAUAUUACCUCAACGAAAAUGGAGCUUGGAGGAUUUAUUGGCAUUAGAUGGGUGGAACAAAAAUUAG